AUUGUCCCAAUACUCUACACUUCCCUACAUAGAGUUAUUACUAUUUUUCUUCUUAAUUUUACCUCUUUUUUUUUGGCGAAAAUUCAAUCAAGAAAAUUAAUUGUCUAGAUCAAUUAAUAUUGUUAGGGGUGCGAUCUUGUUCGUGUUUAUUAUCUUUUUGUUUAAUUUUUGGUUAGCUUCUUUCGUUUUAUUAUAUUAAUGUAAUCUAUCAAAUAAAGAUGUCUAAGUUUGUAUUGUUUAUAUUCUUUUAUCUUCUCUGUCUUCCACUCCAUGCAAGUAAACACAAACAAAAUUUUCAUUAAACUAUUUGGAAAAUAGAAAAAAGUUAUUUAGGGAAGGCAAUAUGAGUUGACCAAAAUUGCAUUGACUUUCUUUUUUCCUUCACCACUCUGUUUUAUAAAACCCUCCCUCCCUUUACUCUUCCUUCCCUAAAUUACACUUCUCUCUCACAUUCCAAUCCUCUUCUCCAAAUCCAUGGCGGUCGAUCUCGCAGCUUUUCCGACCAUCUUCGACGAUCAAACCGCCAUUGAAGAAGCCGCCACCGCGGGCUUACAAAGCAUGAACCAUCUAAUCCAUCUCUUGUCCAAACAACAACAACAACAACAACAAUACCACUCCGAAUCUCCUAAUAACAUCGAUCUCAAUUCUUCUCUUCUCACCGAUUUCACCGUCUCCAAAUUCAAACGAUUGAUUUCCCUUUUAAACCGAACCGGCCACGCUCGGUUCCGCCGUGGACCUUCCGAUUCUCCUAAUCCCGUUCUGAAUUCCCUCGAUCCACCUCAGAAAACCCAUUUCUCUAAACUUAAUUUCUCCCCUGUUUCGAAAAUCCCUGAGUCUAGAGAUUCCACUACUACCUCUUCUUUUGUGUCUACGGUCACCGGCGACGGUAGUGUUUCUAACGGUAAGCUUGAUCUAUCGGUCUAUACUACGCCGCCUGCCAACGGCGGUAAACCGCCGUUGGCGAUGAAGAGGAAGUGUAAUGAUGUAUCUGGAUUUGGUUGUAAGGUUCCUAAUUCGAAGCUAUGUCACUGUGCAAAGCGAAGGAAAUCUGGAAUGAAGAAAACUGUAAAGGUCCCGGCGAUAAGUUCUAAGAUCGCUGAUAUACCCUCCGAUGAAUACUCUUGGAGAAAGUACGGCCAAAAACCCAUCAAAGGCUCACCUUAUCCUAGAGGGUAUUAUAGAUGUAGCACCGUGAAAGGAUGUCCGGCGAGAAAGAAGGUAGAAAGAGCUCGAGACGAUCCGUCGAUGCUCCUCGUAACCUACGAGGGCGAUCACCGUCACCCGCACCCUAUGGUCGCCGACGCCAGCGUGGGUGUCGUUUCCUAAAAGAGUUAGAAAAAAAAAGAAAAGAAAAAGUGUCGAGGAAUCAAACGCUUUUACCGAUUGGGCUGUAACGCUGUUUCUUGAAGAUACCUGGUGACUCUAGAGUGAAUUGUAAAGUCAAAACUAGCCUCGGAGUUCACGAAGCAAUCGCGCUGGUCCAAGUCAAACCCUCGUUCGGAAUCUCAACGAGGUGGAAGGGUAUCGAUGUAAUUUUGUUAAAUGUAUUAUAUUAUACUUUCUUUUUCUUUUUUUUUUUCUUUUUUUAUUGAAAGCUAAUUUGACCAAACAAUAUGGGGGGUCCCACAUGGUUGGACUUUUUUUUCUUUUUUACUUUUAUUUUUUUUAUUUUUAUUUAUAUUUAAUAAAACACAAAAAUGUUAUACUUUUUAAUA